GGUGUUGUGGCAGGUGAAAUGAAGACUGUGUCAGUGAUGGAGGGAGAUUCAGUCACUCUACACACUGAUACUGACACACAGAGAAAUAAUGCGGUGAUAGAGUGGAUGUUUGGAGCUGAAAACCCAGAUACUGUCAUUGCUGAAAUCAACAGAUCAGCAAAUAUCAGUCAUAUUACUGAUGAGAGAUUCAGAGACAGAGUGAAGAUGGACAGUCAGACUGGAUCUCUAACCAUCACAAACAUCAGAACCACAGACUCUGGACUUUAUAAAGUAGAGAUCACCACAAAUAAAUCAGCAGCAAAAACGUUCAAUGUUACUGUCUAUGCUCUUCUUCCCGUUCCUGUCAUCAUCAGAGACACUUCACAAUGUUCUUCAUCGUCUGGAAGUUCAUCAGUGUCUAAAUGUUCAGUGCUGUGCUCAGUGCUGAAUGUGAGUCAUGUGACUCUCUCCUGGUACAAAGGAAACAGUUUAAUCUCCAACAUCAGUGCGUCUGAUCUCAGCAUCAGUCUCUCUUUACCUCUGGAGGUGGAACAUCAGGAUAAAAACACAUACAGCUGUGUGCUGAACAACAACAUCAGCAACCAGACCAAACAUCUGAACAUCAGUCAACUCUGUCAGCCGUGUGCAGCUCUUCUUCCCGUUCCUGUCAUCAUCAGAGACACUUCACAAUGUUCUUCAUCGUCUGGAAGUUCAUCAGUGUCUAAAUGUUCACUGCUGUGUUCAGUGCUGAAUGUGAAUCAUGUGACUCUCUCCUGGAACAAAGGAAACAGUUUAAUCUCCAGCAUCAGUGCGUCUGAUCUCAGCAUCAGUCUCUCUUUACCUCUGGAGGUGGAACAUCAGGAUAAAAACACAUACAGCUGUGUGCUGAACAACAACAUCAGCAACCAGACCAAACAUAUGAACAUCAGUCAACUCUGUCAGCCGUGUGCAGAUUUCAUCCCCAUUCAGACUGUUACUCUGGUGUUUGGUCUGAUCAGUGUUGUUCUGGUCUUUGGGAUGUUUG